UACCAAACCGAAGCCAGUAGUUUUCAAUCCGUCGUUGUCAGAACAAAUCAAAACGGUUCGGGAUUAAAAUGAAGUGCGCUGUGAUUGUACUGUUGUUGACUUCGUUGCUUUCUACAUUGGCAGCGAAAUCGAAGCAAACAGAGCAAGAUGCACCGCAUGUUUGGGAGGUUACUACUGUAUGUAGCAUUCCGAACGAGUCACAACAGGGUACUUGUAAGGCCCCGGAUGACUGCGAGGCAUAUGGCGCUAUUAAUGACCCGUCAAAUUUGAGCUCCGUCGGCCGGCUAAGCUUCUUGAAGCAGAUUCAGUGUAAUGCGACUGUGAGCGUUGGAACGGACCAGAUGAUAGUUGGUGGCGUCUGUUGUCCUCGGACAGCAACUUACAGGUCUCCGGCACUCAACGAGAGCCUUCCGAGGCGCAUCCGACCGCCAUCGCCGGUAGUCCAUUCUCGAUUCGGAGAUGAUGAAAGCUGCGGCUAUCAGACGUACGUGGCCAAAAUCCGUGGCGGCGAGAUCGCCAACAUCGACGAGUUUCCCUGGAUGGCGAUGCUGCUGUACGAAACCAGAGAUUCCAGCGUUGUGGUGCACGGCUGCGGAGGGGCCCUGAUUAGCCGGAACUUUGUCGUUACGGCUGCACAUUGCGUAACCGGACGGGAGUACGACACCAAAGGACCGCUCAAAUACGUCCGUCUUCGGGAGUACAACGUGUAUGACGAUCCGGAUUGCGUAAUCGAGCAGGACUUCCGGGACUGUUCGGAGGAAAAAUUCGACGCCGUUCCGAAGAACAUAAUUAUCCACCCGGACUACGACAACGACGGUCUCAACAAGCACCACGAUAUCGCACUGAUCGAGAUCGAGCCCAGUCCGCCCUACUCGGACUUUCUACGGCCGAUCUGUUUGCCAGAGCCGGAACUGGACAACGGCGCCGCCGAGGGCAAGAAGCUGGUCGUUUCCGGUUGGGGUCGAACGGAUAUCUUCCGCAAGCAGUUGGGAAACAAUGCGCUCAGCCCAAUCAAGCUGAAAGUGGUCCUACCGUUCGUCGAUCAGGAGACCUGCAAGAAGGUGUUUCGUCCGCAGCGAUUGGAAAUCGGUUCCGGCCAGUUGUGCGCCGGUGGUCAGAAGGCAAAGGAUACCUGUGGCGGCGAUAGCGGUUCACCGCUGAUGUACUACGACGUUCGGAAGGGCGUCUGGGUGCUGACCGGGAUCGUGUCGCUGGGGGUACGCGAAUGUGGAACCGAGGGCAUCCCUGGUGUGUAUACCAAUGUACGCGAGUAUCUCGACUGGUUGAAGAUGAACGCGGCGCUUUAAAACGUGACUAAAUCAAAUGGAUUGAAUUUAUAUCGAAUGAAUAGAUUUAAUCAUAACACUGAAUUAUGCAAUUUGAAAUAAAUCCCGUUUAUUUGCCCAUUGAUUGUGUGCCGACAGUGAAUGCUGA